CUACGCGAGGUGUUUCACGUGUUCGACCGAGACAACAGUGGAGAAAUCAGUCGAGAGGAACUGGAGUCGAUGAUCAAACUGGUGAGUCCCGGGCGGACUCCAAUCCAGGUCAAACUGCUAAUGAACAAGGCUGACAUAAACGGUAAUUGCACUUUUGUCCGGUUACCUUGUCUCGCGGUUGCCAGGCAAGGUUGUGAGGCUUUGCGGAGCUACAGUUUGACUCAGAAUUGGAACCUCUUUAAUGACGUCGCGCAGGCUUCACCGGUCUGA